AUGCCUCGUUGGUGCCUGCUCAUUACGUUCUCAAUUCUGGUUCCCACUUUUGGUGGAAAAUAUGAGAAAUGUCGUAUGCUCAAGAAUUAUGAAGGUCUAACAAAAACGUUGAAGACAGCGACAGCUGGAAUUUGUGGUGAAGGACAGAACAAAUAUUUGAAAUUUGAGCUAGAUCCAAACCCUCUAACGGCACAGAUGGCACUGGAUUGUCUACAAGGAACUUCCAGCACCCAUUUUGCAGCAUUGUCCGUAAAUAACGUGAUCCAAGCCUCUGCGCAGGACAGCUCGGUUGUGCCUGGUGUAGAUAUCCUAACAGCAAUGACAGCAGAAUUGCCUUAUGCUACAUCGGCGCCUGGAGGUCUUCCUCAGUAG